AUGGCUCAUCCAUGUAGCGCCUGUAUGGCUUCUCUCGAGCCCGAGGAUGGCCACAACCGCUGCCCCUCUUGCCUUGGUCUCGAGCAUUUGAGGGAGGGUCUCACGCAGGACGCCUGCAUGAACUGUAGCUGCAUGCCUUGGGCGCUUAGAGCGGCCAGAGUCGCAGAGGAGCGUCUGGCAGAAGCCAACGGACACCUCUCCUUGUCGCAUCUUCCCCUAGGUCAGUUUGGCCGUUCCCGGCGACCCGAGGGAGCGAUGGCUACGGGUUCGCCCCCUAACAGGCUGUCCUCUAAGGUGGAUCGGUUAGCCGCCGACAUGGACAUGAUGAAGUCGCUCCUCUUAGCCCUUCAACCAGGGGCCGGUAUAGGGGCUGCUGGCUUGCCGCCUGCCCCUCCUUCGGUUGCCGCACCUCUGCAUGAGGAUGCCAUGUCACUAGCGGCCUCGGCUAACCUCUUCAACGAAGAGGUGGAGGACGAGGCCCCGCUCACUUCCGGGGAGGCUUCCCACUCCUCUGCUCAGGGCUCUCUGCAGGGCGUGGAGGACGCCUCCAUGGCGGCCAUUAUUCGUGCGGCCCUGGCACACUUGCAGCUUCCUGUUCCGCAGGCCGACGCGGCUCAGGCUAGCGCCUUCUUCAGGCGUAGCCCCUCUGAUAGCCGGACCCUGGCUGCCAUGCAGGAUCCGGCGAGGGUGGGGCUGGGUCGCAUGCCACCCAUCGAGCCUGCCAUCGCCUCCCUGAUUCUGGCUCCUGAUGAGGCCCUAAGGCUGACGAACUGCUCUACUCGACGCCAGGUUUGGCUGGCUCAGUCACCACUAACGGAGACAUGUAGGAGUGUCCUCCGCGGCGUGCCGGUCGAACCAGGGGAGCUGUUUGGAGCAGCUGCCCUGGCGGCACUAGAGCGUGCUGCCCAAGCUAGACAGACCAGGCAGCAGCUCUCGGGUCUACGUAGGCCUGUGCCUACUCCCAGCAGGCCCAGGGGCCCCUCUAGCAGCCGCACUCUGCCACUGGCUUUCAGUGGUGGUCUGCGGAGGUCCCAGCGGUCUACUCAACCGCCUCCUAAUGACUUUCGUGCCCCCGGUCGCCAGCCCUCUAGGCAGCCCCGGGCCCCACAGCCUUACCGCCGCCCCCCAAGGGGGAUACGAAUUGCAGUUUCGACGCCGGCCCCUAGCCUUCGGCCGGUUGUCAGCGACCCGGCGAAGGCCUUAGCUCUGGCCCAAGAGCUGUCCGUCCUCUUGGCCAAGGGCGCAAUCGAGCCAGUGGACCCCCUGCUUCAGUCCGGGGGGUUCUACUCGGCGUACUUUCUGGUGAGCAAGAAAGUCGGCGGAUUUCGUCCAGUACUGGACCUCAGAGGAAUCAACAGAUUCCUGAGGGUGCUGCCCUUCCACAUGCUGACCACAGCAGACACCCUCUGUGUUGUCACACAGGGGGAGUGGUUCACAACCGUGGACUUAAGGGACGCCUACUUCCACGUGCCGAUUGCGGCCCACCACCGGAAGUUCCUGAGGUUUGCCUUUCAGGACCAGCAUUAUCAGUUCCGGGUGCUUCCCUUCGGUCUCUCCCUCUCUCCAAGGGUGUUUACCAGGGUCGUGGCGGCAGCUCUCGCACCCCUGCAGGCACAGGGCAUGAAGGUCCUGCCGUACCUAGACGACUGGCUGGUUUGUGCGCCGUCCCGGUCCCAAGUGGCCCAGGAUACGGCGCGCCUCUUAUGUCACGUAGCCCGGUUGGGCCUGACAGUAAACACCGGGAAGAGCUGCCUGGUCCCCUCCCAACGGGUCACUUACCUGGGGUUGGUCCUAGACUCGGUCGCCAUGAGGGCUUGCCUAACACCUCGUCGUGUGGACGAUAUUUCCCACCUUCUCCCCCUCUUCAGGCUGGGCAAGAAUGUGCCUUACAUUCAGUUCCUCCGGCUCUUGGGCAGACUGACGGCUGCCUCAGCCGUUGUGCCCUUAGGUCUGCUGUCGCUGCGCCCUAUGCAGAUAUGGCUGAACAGCCUUCACUUGGACGCCAAGUGGCACAGGCACAGGAGGGUCAGGGUGUCGCGCCAGUGCCUUCACUCUCUGUCACGCUGGAGAAACAGGGCCUAUCUUCUGAUGGGAGCGCCCAUGGGCGCCAUCCCAUCCCGCCGGGAGACUGUCACUGUAGAUGCAUGUCUCUCAGGGUGGGGUGCUGUGUGGCAGGGCAGGACUGUUCAGGGUCUGUGGUCCGCCCAGGAAGGUGCAUAUCACAUCAACGUGCUAGAGCUUCGCGCUGUGCUGCUUGCGCUCAGGCACUUUUUACCCCAACUGACGGACAGGCAUGUGCUUGUUCGUUCGGACAACAUGUCCGCGGUUUCCCAGAUCAACCACCAGGGGGGCACCAGGUCCGUACAGCUGCUCCGGGUUUCACAGAGCCUCUUGUCUUGGGCGUCUCCCCGCUUGGCCAGCCUGCGGGCAGUCUUUCUACCAGGGGACCAAAAUCAGGUGGCAGAUUUCCUCUCUCGGCACAAACCUCCACCAGGGGAGUGGAGGCUUCACCCAGAAGUGGUGGAGACAAUCUGGAGCCUUUUCGGCAGGGCCGAGGUGGACCUCUUUGCCUCGGAGGAGUCGAGGCACUGCCCCCUCUGGUUCUCCUGGGCAGAGGUGACCAGCCCAAUGGGGCAGGAUGCUCUGGCACACGACUGGCCAGACAGUCUCCUGUACGCCUUCCCGCCGCAGCCGCUGUUAUUACAGAAGCUUCAGAGGGUCCUUACUCAGGGGCACAGGCUCCUUCUGGUCGCCCCCCGCUGGCCGGGGAGAGUUUGGUUCCCGCUGCUACGCAGUCUCUGCUGCGGCCCACCAUGGCGCCUCCCCGACAGGAAGGACCUUCUGUCACAGCUCAGGGGUCAGAUCUGGCAUCCCGACCCUCACCGCCUCCAGCUCUGGGCUUGGCCUCUGCAGGGCCCAACCCACUGUUGAGCGCUUUUUCGGCAUCGGUCAGGGAAACUAUCCUGAAUGCCAGAGCACCAUCCACUCGAGCACAGUACGAGUGCAAAUGGAAGCUCUUCUCCCACUGGUGUUUGGGUAAGGCUGAGAAUCCGGGG